CAUAUUAUAGUUACAGUAGCUUUGGAGUUUUUACAAUUGAAGAACACUCUGCGAACAAGAAUUCCUGUGUUUUUUCAAAUCGAAUGAAAGACCUUAAGGGUCACACACUACCAAUCCAAUUCGGAGGAACUGAACCAGCAUUGAUUCUAUCGAAAAACGUUAAAGGUGAUACAAUGAUUGGUGGUUAUGUAGGACAUCUUUUCCAUGCUUUUGCUGAAAAACACAAUGCCAGAUUAGAUUCGUCAAAUACUAACAUUUCCCUAUCAGCUUAUGAUAUUCAUGAACUUGUUCUAAAUGGAACAAUUGAGAUGGCAGCUACUGGUUUGUUACUUCUACAUGAUUCAAUUAAUUGGUCAUCAUAUCCAUGUACCGCAGUUGAUUGGGGUGUGAUGCUGCCCAUAGAACCAAAUAUCCCCAUUUUUAAGGUCUUUGCAUAUGUUUUCAAUUGGGAAACUUUUGUUUUAACAAUUGUGGCCUUCAUAACGCUUUCUAUUUCGCUUAAUGUAGCUGCUCAGUUUUCGAAAUCACCUAGGACCUUCGGAAUGAGUGAUUUCUUUUUUAACAUUGAUUGUUUUCGUGGAAUUCUUGGAGAACCGUUUUCUGUAUCACCAAAGGCUACUUACAGUACAAAAAUCAUUUAUUCAUUGAUCUUUAUGUUGGGAAUCAUGAUGGCAACUUUAUACGAUUCAUUUCUUCAGUCUUUCAUGACCAAUCCACCAAAGGAAAAAGUUAUAAAAUCUUACACUGACCUGGAAUCCACGGAUUUAAAAAUCUUAACAUUUAAACCUGAUUUAUAUGAGUCGAUUCAAAAACUUAGACCUGGUUUUGUACAAAAAUAUUUGCAUGUUUUUGAAGCUGAACCAGAUCUUGUGGAAUUUACGAAAUUCCGUGAUACUUUAAAUACGAAAUAUGCAUACACUUUACCCGAUGUCAAAUGGGAAGUUUAUGAAAAUCAACAAAAAUUUUUCGGUCAACGAUUGUUUCGCUGGUCUGCUGAAUUAUGUUUUUUAUAUAAUAUCCCAGUGACUUUUUCGAUAAAUGAAAAUUCAAUUUACAAAAAUAUAUUAAAUUGUCAUAUUUUGGAAAUGCGUUCAGCUGGAUUGAUGAAUUAUUGGAAGAAACGAGCAUUUUAUGAAUUGAUGAGCAUUAAAGGAAUUCAUAAGUUUAAUCUUACAUUUGCACCGAUAUUAAAACCUUUGAAUGUUGAAGACUUGAAGUGGAUUUGGAAAACAAUGUCAAAAUUAGUGGUUGUGAUGGUUGGUGGCAUAGAAGGUUUAUUUUUGAAGGAGCUUUCUUCUGGUAUGAAAGUCAUUGAAGUGCUAUAA